AUGGCAGACUUCGGUCCCAGGGCCCCCCAUGGGCCGGACAUGACGGGCACCCACGACCCGCUCGUCGACAUGCGGCUCCACGAGAAAGAGGCCUUUGACGCCUUUAUCCGGCCAGACGACUCGUACACCCCGGAGGGCGUCUACUGGGCUGAUCUGCCGCUCAUGCAGAAGAUCAAGUUCGUCACCUCGGUCGACAUGGAGGAGUCCAAGAAGGAGGCCGCCUCCUUCUGGGAGAUGUUCAAGAACGAUCCCUUGGCGCCCGUUGGUUACUACUUCAAGAACAUGGUCCUGCCCGGUGCUGGUCUCGGUUUGGAAGGAUAUGUGCUUUUUUCGAUCGGAAACAUCAAGCCUUUGUUCCAGAAAGCGUUCCCUGACUGCUGGAAACACCAAACCAUCUGUGACCCGACUUGGCUUGCAGCUGUCGAAUACCUCGAAAUCUGCGGUAUUAUCGUUGGUCAGAUACUGGUUGGUAUCCUUGGUGAUUGGAUUGGUCGUCGUUGGGGUUUGAUUCAAGAUGCAGUCAUCAUGUUGCUUGGUCUUAUCAUGCUUACGGCUGCUUGGGGUGUCACCCAGAACGGCUGGGUUAUCUGCUACGUCUGGUCUCUCUUCUUCUACGGCAUCGGUGUUGGUGGUGAAUACCCCAUGACCGCAACAUCUGGAAUGGAGAACGCAGUCGGAUCUGGCAAAAUUUCCACCAAAGAGGACCGUCUUCACCGUGGCCGCAAGGUUACAUCCGCAUUCUUGAUGCAGGGAUGGGGCCAGUUCUUCAACCAGGCCAUUCUUAUCCUUCUUCUGCUCAUUUUCCACCACGGUAGCGGAAAUCCUCCAUACUCCGCCCUCGCUGCCCAGUGGACCUACCGUGUCUCCUUUGCCAUCCCUGCAGUUGGAACCCUCUGGCUCGUCUACUACAGAUACUACAAGAUGCGCGCAGCAAGCAAACAGUUGGCAAUCGUCAAGGCCAAGUCCCGCGUCACCGGUUACGACACAGAAUCCCUGCGCCUCACAUUCAAGCACUUUGGUUUCCGUCUACUUGCUACCGCUGGUACAUGGUUCGCCAACGAUGUCUUCUUCUACGGCAACAAGCUGUUCCAGUCUGAGUUCAUCAGCGUUAUCUCCCCCCACACCACUUCCGUCAUGCCAGGAUGGCUGUACAACUUGCUCAAUGUUGGAGUCUCCCUCUGCGGUUACUACCUUGCCUCUUUCAUGAUCGACAACAAGCUCUAUGGCCGCAAGUGGAUGCAGAUCGUUGGAUUUAUGAUGGAUUUCAUCUUCUUCAUCAUCCCAGCCUUCAACUUCGAAUACUAUACCUCCGCAGCGCACAUCAGAGAGUUCCAGGCCAUGUACUUCCUCUCAUCCUUCUUCAACCAAUUCGGCCCUAACUCCGUCACCUUCCUCGUCGCUGCUGAGGUCUUCCCCACACCUAUCCGAGCCACCGCCCACGGUUUCGCUGCUGCUAUUGGAAAACUCGGCGCCCUUACCGCAGCUGUCAUGUACAACUACAUCAGCACCACCCAGAAGUUCCACGUUGUCCCCUGGUUCGGUCUCGCUGGUGUCAUCCUCACCUACCUCUUCCUCCCGGAUACCACCGGCCUCGAUCUCAAGGAACAGGAACGACGAUGGUUCUACAUCCGCCAGGGCAGAGAAUCUGAAUACCAUGGUCCCGCCGUCCACCCCAAGCAUCUCUCUGUUUACGAGCGAUGGACCGGUGUAGGAAAGUACUACGACCCCGAAGCCGAUUACAAGCAGAAAGUCGCUGAGAUGCGACAUGAAUGGACCGCAGCUCAAGCUCGCAAGAACGACGAGAAGAGCGGCUUUGAUCUCGACGACCAUCACGACUACGAGCCAGUCCAUGAUGACGUACACAAGUACUUCGAGCGCACAAGUCCGAUGAUCCUAGGACGGGAAAAGAACGUUCCAAUGGCUGACCAACUUCCUCCAGCUCACAGCAGCAGUAGUGAGGAUGGGGUUGAGCAACAUCCUCAUCAGGAAUAA